AGAACUUGCACAAUUGGUGGCUGAUUAAAUACUUUUUUGCCCCACUGUAUAAAUCAAAUUUGAAUAUAUUUUAGCUUUGACAAUUUGUGCUUCAUCAUCAAUGAUAUUAUUGCAGUUGUUUGUAUCGCUCUCUGAUGUAUGUUGUGUCUGCAUAUUAUUCGUAUUUGUUUUUGGAUGAGCUGUUAUUUAAUUCAGAUUUUUUAUCAGAGCAUAUUUGUUUACUCCUGCUGAGUUUAUAUUUAACUAUAUUGUUAUAUUUCAUCUACUAUAUUUUAUUUUUUUAAUCCAAUUACCUCCGUGAAACAUCACUAGGCCUGCAUUUGAUAAGUAUUUCCACCAACUUCAUGGAGGCUUAAAAUACUGCUGUUUGAUUCAGCGAUUUACAGUUUGAUUUAAUCUCUCAACAUUGAUUUCAAAGCACAGCGUUGAAUGUUAAUUGUCAUACCUCGUCUACAGCUGACAGGCCUAAAUACUUUCCAUUUGCACAGAUGUAUGUAGUACAUUAGAUUGAACUCUUAGGGCCGCUAUUGGCCAGUAUGUGAUAAAUGUAGGACAUGUUUCAGCAGUACCUCCCCAUCGUCUUUUUUCUUCUUAUAUCAGAGGGAAACAGACACACAGUGGAAUAGUACAAAGUAAGAGAGCAGCAAUCAUCGACACGGACAGAUGCAGUUAACUAUAAUCGAUUGAUUACUUCAAAUUGUUUUAUAUACCGAGGAAGUACAUCGGAUUUUCUUUCCAACGGAUAUAGGAUUGUAACGGGACUCGUGUUGCAUGGAAAUGGUGGACAGAACAAUGGGGCUGCAAGUGCUGUUGUUUAUAUCAAUCAUGUAUCUCACAUCGGUGCUCGGACAGGUCAGCUACUCCAUUCCUGAGGAAAUGUCGAAAGGGUCAGUAAUUGGUAACAUUGCUCAAGACUUAGGUUUCGACAGAAAAAGACUGACAUCAGGCAAAGCUCGUAUUUUUACAGGAGACAGCGCAGAGUACAUCGAGCUGGACAGAGAGCGAGGAGUCCUCCUUAUCAAAGAGAAAAUAGACAGAGAGGCGCUCUGUGGACAGACGACGCCCUGUGCUUUGCAUUUUCAGGUUAUUUUACAAAAUCCUAUGGAAUUAUACGCCGUUGCUGUCGAAAUCACAGAUAUAAAUGACAACACCCCAAUAUUUGAAAAAUCCGAAAUGAAAUUCAAAAUUAGUGAAUCUGCUGUAAUAGGAGCUAAAUUAUUGCUAGAGAGGGCAAUAGAUCCCGAUGUUGGCAUGAAUAGUCUACAGAGUUAUUUUCUGACAAACACAGAUCAUUUUGUUCUGAAAUUGAAAGAUCAGCCAGACGGAGAAAAGAUAGUUGAAAUGGUUUUACAAAAAUCACUUGAUAGAGAAAGACAGGAUGAGAUAUUUCUAGUGUUAACUGCGGUUGACGGAGGGGAACCAAACCUAUCUGGCACAGCACAGAUACAUGUGACAGUGCUUGAUGCCAAUGACAAUGCACCGGUCUUUACAAAGACGGCUUAUAAAGCUACAAUACUUGAGAACUCCCCGAGAGGUACAGUCAUAACCAGGGUCAGUGCUUCAGAUGCUGAUAAAGGAUCAAAUUCCAAGAUUACAUAUUCCAUAUCCAACACAGCUGCAGAUGUACGACACAUGUUUGAAAUAAAUGAGUUAAAUGGGGAUUUGAUCUCGAAGAGUAACGUAGAUUAUGAAAAGGCACGUUACUAUCAAAUACAUGUGCAAGCCAGUGACGAAGGAGGGCUGACUGAUUCGUGUACGAUUACGGUUGACGUGAUAGAUAUUAAUGAUAACAAGCCAGUUAUUAAUAUAAUGUCCCAGACCAAUGUAAUUCCAGAGGACUCUAAACCAGCAACAGUUGUGACUAUGGUAAAUAUUCAGGACUUAGAUUCCGGAGAUAAUGGCAAAGUUAACUGCGCAAUAAAUGAUCAUAUUCCUGUUACACUGAAGCCAACAUCAAAUAAUUUCUUUAACCUCGUGACAGACAGCGAUUUAGACAGGGAGAUCGCUUCUCAAUAUAAUAUAACUGUGACCUGCUCUGAUGAGGGAGUGCCCUCGCUCUCCAGCAGCGUCACUCUCACCUUACAGAUC